AUGGCACACGUAGAGGACAAUAGUGGUACAGACAUCCUGUCAAAUGAAACUUCUGAAGCUCCCGAGACCGAACAACCUGAACCAAGUGAUGUUCUUGAACAUUCAGAAGCUGAAUUAAAUGAUGCUGAACACUCCGAUUCUGUCCAGUGUGCGGAGAACUCUCAUUUAGAUCAUUUAUCUGUAAUUGAAGACAGACAGAGAAACUCUGUGGAGGCCGUUACAGAACCAGCAGUGGAGCAUGAGGAUGACCUGACGUUUGACAAUAACCUGCUCAACAAAAGCAAUUCUUUGUUGCCACCCCAAGACGGAGACAUUUCUAUACAGAAUGAUAUUCAACAGACUGACAGUGACUUUGGCUCAGAGGAUUUAUUCAGGCCAUUGAACAGGCAGAAACAGAAGAACAAUCAAAUUCAUAAAGCGGCAUCGAUUCCAGCGAACGUGGAGGAGAGCGAUCAAGACAGUGAUGUGACCCAAAUAGAGACAGAAGGACCGUUUGUGUCCAUAUUUGGACCAGGAACACCAAGAUGGUUUGAUGGUGACCGCCAUGCACAUAAGGACAACGACAGCGAUGAAACUCAAAUAGAGACUGAGAGAAAAUCUGUGUCCGUGUUUGGGCCAGGAACACCAAACAAGCAGUUUACUACGCAAGACAUGAACAGUACCAAACACCCAGAAUCCCAAAAGACAGACCAGAUUCCUGUUGGCCUAAAUGCUGAACUGCUCUCAAGGAAAGAGGAAAAGUGUAACAAUAAAAAGAGAAAAACAGUGUCAAAAUCUCAUAAGGAUUCUGAUGUUACAGAUGUAGAGGAGACCAUGAAUGUGCAACCACCAUCUAAACAUUUACCACUAGCUGAUGAACCAUUAAAAGAAGUUUACUCCAUUUCAUCUGAGCACCUCAAGUUGAGUAAACGAAGGGCGAUAGAGAUGGAAACAGAUCUUCAGGAAACUCCUUUGUUUACAAAUGGUGGAAUGAGCUUUAUUAAAAGAAAAAGAAAGAGAAAGGAGAAAUUGGGUGCAAUUAAUUUCAUACAGUGUGAUACAAAUGUAGAUGUGAGCUCUGAAUCUCCAGUUGAUAACAUCACUGGAGUUAAAACAACACCCAGAGAGAACGAUAAGUCGCAUGAAGUGGAAAACAGAGUAACGAAUGAAGAGCAAAGGGAAGCAUCAGUUUUACAUUUGGAGGAGACAUCAGAGAUCUUGGAGGAAAGUGUUUUAUCUAUGGUGGCAGACAACAGUGUUAUCACAAAGGUUAAGAGGAAAAAGAAGAAAAAGGACAAAUUAAAAGAACACGAGUCAAGUGUAGAAAAGCAGUCGGUUGAGACGGUUCAGUUCAGUGAGUCACAAACAGCUGAACUGACAUCCAAAAUAACUAAAAAGAAGAAGAGAAAAGACAGAGAGAGGACUAAGAUGGCAUAUGUAGAGGAGAAUAGUGCUACAGACAUCCCAUCAAAUGAAACUUUAGACUCUGAUAGACCAGCAGAGUUGAGAGUAAAUGAUCAAUCCAGUGAAGAUCCAGAGACGAAUCGACCUGAGCAUAUACAGACAUCAGAGGAAAUCACAGGAUGUCCAACGCCUAAUGUAACCACAUUAAAAUCAGUAAAGAAGAAGAAGAAAAAGAAGAAAAGAGAUGAGACUGAAGAGCCAGAAGAUGAAUCUGUUGAUCUGGAUGUGAAUUUUAUGUCUCAGUUUGAUCAUGUUGAUGGUGUGGUUGAACAACAGGUCAUCGAAGAAAGACCAAGCGAUGACCGCACAGCUGAACAUUUAGAAGGUAAUACAGCACAUAUUUUAAAGGUUGCCAAACACAAAAAGAAAAGUCAGAAUGUAAGUUCAUCAUCUCAAAGUGAUGACAUUAUUGGACUGGAUAAACAAGCAUCAGGCUCGCAGUCAGAAAGCGCAGAAGAACUCUUGGAAAAGAAAACGAAGAAAAAGCAGAAAUUAAAAGAGCGAAAGAACGCAGAACUUGCUUCAGAUAUUGGAGACAAUGUGCAGUUGUUUCAACAAAGUGAGUCACCAGCUACGGAUUUGCUAUCCAGAAAAACAAAACAGAAGAGAGCGAACAAAGACAGGGAAAGAACAACAGAUAGCUUAUCAAGUGAAAUGUUGGACCACAUGGAUGAUAGACCUUCAGAAAUUAGGGGAAAUAAUGUGAUUCAGUCCAUUGAGGCCACCGAGACCAAUCAGUUUGAGCAUUUACAGACAUCAGAGGAAAUGACAAGAUGUUCUUCACCCAAUGUAACUAAAUUAAGCUCAGGGAAGAAAAAGAAGAAAAAAAGGGAUAGAAGUGAGAAACAUCAGUAUGAAUCUGUUGAUGUCAAUCUGGAUGUGUCUCCGCUUGAUGUCGUCUCUGGGCUGAUAGCACAAAAGACGAUUGAAAGAAGGCCAAGCGAUGGCAGUGCAGUGGAACAUUUGGAAGGUAAUGCAGCACGUGUGUUAAAGAUGGCCAAACGCAAAAAGAAAAGUCAGAAUGCAAGUUCUUCAUCUCAAGCUGAUGAUAUCAUUGGACUGGAAAACACUGUGUCAGACCUGCAGUCAGAAAACACAACAGAACAUGUGGAAAAAAUGUAUUCACCUGUCCUUUCAGACAGCUUGUUUACCAGUAAAGAGAAAAAGAAGAAAAAGCACAAAUUAAAAGAGCAAGAGGAA